AUGAUCACCAAAUGCUUGUUCAGACAAGUACCGGCAUUAUCACUUCCCUCGUGUAGUUCUUCAAACACAAGAAAUGUUGCAGCGCUACCAUCAUUGAAAUUAUACAGUUUCCGGAAAAGAAUAGCUGAGAAACUAUCGAACAAAUACAAUGAGAAACGGGUUCAUGAAAUUGGUCCAGAUCUUGCUUGCCUAGAAUGGCUUAUGGAAUGUGGCUCGACGUGUGUUGAAAUGUCUGACGGACAAAGAUUGACGAGGAUUCGGGAGAUGAAAGAAUAUAUCCCGCACGUACUUGCAGCCAAGGAUGAUUUCGAGAAGCCAUCACUACAAGUUGGAGAUCUUUCGUAUGAGAAAUCUUGGCCGAACGCUCCAUAUACACAUAUUCGGAUUGUUGACGCCAGUGAUUCAGCCAUAGCAAAUGAAGGCUUCAAAUAUCUAAAAGAUGUUCGAAGAAUAUCGACUUUAAAGCUAAAUUUUUGCGACUAUUUUGGAGAUGAAGCUUUGAAAUAUUUGGCGCUGGGAAGACCUGUACAUUCUUUGGAAGACUUGGAAAUCGUUCUAAAUCCAUGUGUAACAGAUGGCGCAGUUUACUGGCUUAAAAAAUUGAAAUCAUUGAAACGAGCCCAUUUCUACUUCCUGCCCUAUGUGUCUAGUCGGCAAGCUUUCAUUCGCCAAUUGAAAGUUGCACUUCCCAAAUGUAAAGUAACCUUUCCUGAAGUUAGCAACGUUGGAUACGGAUACGAAAAAUAA